AUGAUUCGUAUUGAUACAUUUAAGCAUCGUAAGCUUAUAAGUGUGUUUCAUGGUGUACGACUGUUGACCAUUGCGCUAGUUGUGUUGUCAUAUUCAACCUAUGUGAUCUUUUUGGUAUAUCAAGUAUGGACUGACAGACCAAUAAUCCAGUUAUCAAACGAACUAAUGGAUAAACUAGAAGUUCCAGACAUUGAAAUGUGUGGAUAUGGAAGUGACAUACAAAUCACUCGAUGUGUCUUUACCUAUACCGAUUGGACAUCAGAUACCCUUGUCAACUGUAGUAAGAAAGGAUUUCCAUAUGUGUACGCAGGUCCUCGAACUAUAGAAAAUAAUUACUGCUAUUUGUUCACUGGCAAUAAAACUCUUUGGUUCAUAAGUGCAGAGAGCAACUCUAAAGAAUCUAAAGUUGAAAAAAAACUAUUACAGUUAGGAUUUUAUUUCAAAAUUUUGAAUUUAACGAGUGUCGAGGCUUUGGUGUUAUCUGUGCCAACUGUUGCUAUGCAAAUACUUGAUCCGGAUGACAACAUUCUUUGGAAGAAGACGACGAAAACUAAAAUAGCUAAAGGUUUAAAUGAGGAAUUGCGACUUCAAGGUAAUAAUUUUGACGGGAUCGCAAAUUACUCGACGAAUGUUCGAUUUGUGAAAACAACGUAUUGUGAAAUACCCGAUGAUGACCUCUCUAGCAGAAUCGGCAUGAGUUCUGGACAAGCUUAUGUAAAUACGUCUACACUAAUCACGACCGCUCAGUACUUUCCACUACAUCCCAAUCCAAAUUUCACCGAGACAACAGAUUCGGGUUACAUCGAGCUAAAACCAGGAAGUUUUAUUAAUCGUGUUUCAGCAGAAAAACGCUUAAGAACAUUGAUAGGUACUUUGGGUGUGGCUGGAGGAGCAUUUAGCGUCAUCUGUACAAUAUAUUUCCUAUUAUUUGGAGACCGUAAAUUCAGACCAUUCGGAAUAAUGCAUCGCGUAACACAAUCUGAAAUAACUGACUUUGUAACUUUAGAUAAUGUUCCUCUAAUAACCCCAUUUACUGAUGAAAAAAGUCUCGAACAAGGACGAAUUGAGCUAUGCGAAAAUCGAAUUCAAAAUUUGGAAACACUGUUGUCUAAUUACUUUUUCGACGUUACGGCAUUGACGUAUAUACGUGAAAGGUACUUACGUAGGAGCAAUGUUGAGAGUGCUGUUCAUGAUCUGAGGACGGUAACAUCUUAUGCUACUAAUGAACACAACGAGCAUGAUAAUAGCAACAAACAAGAUGUUUGA